AUGCUGGCGGGCGUGGGCCCAGGGCAGGGAGCGUCGGCGGCCCUGGCCGCAGCUUACCACCAAUGGCUGCCGGCGCUGACGCGGCUCGCUGCGGCUGUCCCGCACGGAUCGCGCUGGGACUCGGCGACCUUUCACUCGUCGCCUGAGGCGAGAGAGGGUGACAGCCGCGAAGCUGCCAUGUCAUCGACGUUCGGCGGCCGGCUGACGCAGCGCAAGGAGGCGACGGCGCCCCGCGGGAUGGACCCGGUGCGGUGUUGCAUUGUCGGCAGCGGCCCCGCGGGGUUCUACGCAGCCGCCAAGCUGCUCCGACGGUGGGGUUCCCACGCGACGGUCGACAUCAUCGAGCGCCUGCCGACGCCCUACGGCCUCGUUCGCUCAGGCGUCGCCCCGGACCACGCGGACACCAAGAACGUGACUGGUCAGUUCUCCCGCGUCGGCUCGGACCCGCGCUGCCGGUUCCUGGGCAACGUCCAGCUCGGGCGCCACGUGUCGGUCGAGGAGCUGCAGUCCAUGUACAACGUGGUCGUCCUCGCGUACGGCUCGCAGGGCGACCGCAGCCUCGACAUCCCGGGCGAGAACCUGCCGGGCGUACUGAGUGCCAAGCAGUUCGUCGGGUGGUACAACGGCCACCCGGACCACUCGACGCUGCCCAUUGAUUUGUCGCGCACGCGGUCCGUGGCGGUGCUGGGGCUCGGCAACGUCGCGCUGGACGUCGCGCGCGUCCUGGGCGCGCCGUGGAAGGAGCUUGCGGCGACCGACAUCACGUCGGACGCGGUGCGGCAGCUCCAGACGUCGGUGGUGCAGGCGGUGCACAUCGUGGGGCGGCGCGGGCCCGUGCAGGCGGCGUACACGCCCAAGGAGCUCCGAGAGGUGCUGUCGAUGCCGUCGCUGCGGCUGCGGCUGCACGACCCGGAGAGGAGCCUGAACCUGUCGCCGAGCGACGCCGAGGACGCCGCGGAGCACCGUCGCAUGCGCCGCAACUACGAAGUGCUCAAGAAGGCGUACGAGGACCGCGGGCGCCUGCCGACCAAGGACGGUCAGCGGGAGCUGCACCUGCACUUCUGGAAGAGGCCGAUGGAGCUGCGCGGGAACGCGAAGGACGGCGUGCAGUCGCUCGUGCUGGAGGACACGGUCGUGGAGCAGCUCGCGGACGGGCGGCGGACGCUCCGGGGCACCGGGCAGGUGUCGGAGGUGCCUGUGGACCUGGUGCUCAAGGCGGUCGGGUACAAGUCGCUGGCGCUGCCUGGCGUGCCGUUCGACAGCGAUCGCGGCGUCGUCCCGAACGAGGCCGGGCGCGUGCUGGACGACAACGGGGAGCCGAUGCCUGGGCUGUACGUCACGGGCUGGCUGCGGCGGGGACCCACUGGCAUCAUCGCGACGAACCUCCACGACGCAGAGGCGGAGGUGGCGAGUGGCGAGGAGGACAACGAGUCUCUGCUCCUGAAAUACAUGGCGGACCAGCGGUUGUGGGGCCACGUGUCCUCGAAAUCCGGCGCCCCGCGGCACUCGCCUGACGAUGAGCUGCAACGCGACGCCGAGGAGGCGGUGGACACCAUCACCGACGACCUGACGAACGGACGCGUGCCGCUGCUGCCGCCCGGGGCGCCCGAGGGCGAGGCUGGGCUGCAGCCGCUCCUGGCGAAGCGCGGCGUGCGCGUGGUGUCGUGGGACGACUGGGAGGCCAUCGACGCCGAGGAGCGGUCGCGCGGCGAAGAGAAGGGCAAGGUCCGGGAGAAGUUCACCUCCGUGGAGGAAAUGAUCGCGUUCCUGGACGACAGGGCUGCGUCCGCGUGA